UCGCUGAUCUGACAUUCAUGAGCAAGUUGCUGCUGUAACUUAACCUAAGUGCGUUUGAUUUAGUCAAAAUUGCCGUUAGAUCAUCGUGGAAACAAGCACGAUACAGAGAAUAAUGCCUCGGCGCAAAUCAGCAGGUAGUUUACAGGAUGUAUGUCUACGAUUUAUUGCCAAAAAUCUACUUUACUGGACUGAACAUUAUGAGGAAUAUUACCUUGGACAAGGAGUGUAUCGCUUUGUUCUUGGGCCAUUUAAUCAACUCAACUCUCAGCUUUCUGAAGAUCUUCUGACAUUUCUGGUGAAGCAGCAACAACUGAGCCGAUCUGCUCUCCAUCUCCUGCUGUACGGAGGUGCUCUUCAAAACUUGGAUCUGAGCAGUUGUAGCCGCAUUGUCAAUGAUGAGGUUGUAAGGAUUGUAACUUCCUCAUGCAAGAUGCUUCAGGUAUUGAACUUAUCAUACUGCAAGCGUGUUACAUCUGCAGGAUUCAUUGCCAUAGCAACAAGCCUUCCUCAACUAUCAACCUUGAAUGCCACCAAGACUAACCUCCGUGGUUUAGCUGCUCAAAGUGUAUUUAAGUAUUGCUGUAGACUGAAGGAUCUUUCACUAAAACAUUGUCACAUCGGUGAUCAAGACAUCAUGGUGUUGUGUGAAGUUGCUCCUAAUCAAUUAUCAGGCACUCAGUUAAAACGGUUGGAUAUUUCCUACACAUUAAUAACUGAGAGAGGGGUGCGUGCAAUACUUCAGGGAAUGCCAGAGUUGCAAAUCCUACAAUACCCAAGUCUCCUGACUUGCUUAUUUGAUAGUCAUGAAUCAGAAACUGGUUGCUUGGAUCCUGUCUUGAAACAUUCAGAAUGCUUCCAACUUCGAUCAUUACAGUGCGAGGAUUUCAUGUCAGUCUGCAAUGGAAUGCUCCAAGCUAUCCCUGACCUUUGCCCUCAUGUGACCCAACUUGACCUGAGAUUUGCUGGAGGCUUUGACAAUGAAGGAUUAUUCCAUCUUGCUCAACUACAUAAUCUUAAGGAUCUCCAACUUUGCUGUGAAGAGAGUGAGAAUAUAACCUUCAGAUGUGGCAUCAUGCCAGUUCUCCUAGAGAUUGGCCACAACCUAAAGGUGUUAUCCCUUCAAGAUAUUGGUGGGUUAGAUCCAGCUAUGGUGUGCCAACUGUGCCCAAACCUUCGAAAGCUCUUCCUUCUAAUGAUGAAAGAGGGUAAAGUAUUCAGUUCAUUAGGUGGCAUUCCCAAUAACAGUAAACUCCAACCCAUGACAGGAUUAAUAGAAUUAGAUUUCUGGUGUCAAAAUGGUGAUAUAUCACUUUCUGAAGAAGCUUUAGGUUUGUUGUUAACAAACUGCAUAGCAUUAGAGUCUUUGGGAUUAAUAAGAAUUGACACACUGACAGAUAAUGUUUUGCGGAGUGUCCUUAGAAAAAAUAGCUUCUCCAAUCUGAAACAGUUAUCUGUACAUGAAUGUCACUGCAUCACUCAGGAAACAUUGAGUGAGUUACUUAGUGCCACAAGUAACCAGUUAGAGUUUGUCAAACUUAUCAACUGCUUACAGAUUACUCGUAAAGACUAUGAGACAUGGGAAAAAACCGCCAAAAGAGAGAAUUUCAACAUUAAGUUAGAAUGGAAGUAGAAAAUAAAACAUGUUGACCUGUGAUGUUAAGAAAAGCAUUUACCAUGUUUACAGUGUACUGAUUGUUUUUGGAACCAUUGUUUAGUGCAGUGUAAACUGAAAAUAGAAAGAGAAGUUGUGGUGCACAUGUACAGAUUGGAUGUGCACAAGACGAAUUUGGCUAAAAACAGAGUAAUUCGCAAUCAAGAUGUAAUUCAUGUGGAAGAUAAGGUCCCGAUAAAACUUCUGUCCACAUUUUACAUGCUACCCUCUAGCACUGAUUCGAAGUGGUCAUGUUACCAUGGGGCCAAAAAAAGAACCCCUGUAAAAGUGUUCACAUAUGCAGCGGUGUAACAUUACAUGUAGUUGUUUCAUGCACUUUUUUAGCAGUUUAAAGGAUUAUACAUUUCCAAAAAGAAUUCAUUUGAUUAAGAAUUGAUUUACCUGUGUAUGGUAUAGCUACAUGUACAUGUAACAGUUCACUAAUUUUAACCAAAGUUACUUUCCCCAGAUUAAGUGAAUUUCAGUUAGAAUAUUUACCUUUCAUAUUUUUAAUUCAUAGUGUACGACUGUACAUCAAAAUUACAGUGAGUCUAGGCUUUACCAAGUUUCUUGGUUCGAGAUACUCUAAUACAUUGUACCCUCAAUUGUUCUGUAAUAAGGUAGAAAUCCAUCAACAGCCGUAAAGGUUGGGUUUAAAUGAAUCUUUCUUUAGCCAAAGGCAUUAUCAUGAGACAAUGGAGAGUGGACAAAUUGUAAAGUAGCAGUGAGCAUCCCACGAAUUGAUUUGUUUUCC